GCGACGAGCAAGGAAACGAGGAACGCAGCCACAAGAGCAGGAAGCCCAAGCCCAAGCCCCAGGCCCAAGCCGAAGAAGAAGAAGAAGAAGAAGAGCAGGAGGGCGAGAGAGGGAGGGAGAGGGAGGAGCGCGAACAAAAUCAGCGCGAGGUGCGGAUUCGGAAGAAAACGAGAAGAGAAGGAGGAGGAGGAGGUCGUCGUCGUCGUCGUCGUCGUCGUUGCUGGAGCAGGAAGAGGAGCAGAGGCUGCAGCAGCGGAAACGAGGACGAGGAGAUUGUGUGAAGCGGGAGCUGCCGCGGGAGGGUGUCGGUCGGCACGAGUGUAAAACUAAAGUACGACGUUGAUUGCGCUGUUUGGAGAGGGAUUUUAUUCGCCGACCAGCCCUGGAGAUUUUGUUGACAGUCGGGAUCGGCUUUUUUUAAUUUUUGCUUCUGCUGUCUGGAGGAAUCCCCCACCAUCUUUAUUUUUUUUGAAUCGUUUUGGGAUGCUCCGGGAAUUUCGUUCGUGUCCCGCGACGAGGAUGAUCUUGUCCGUGGCACAUUUUUUAUAGAUCGCUGCCGCCGAGACUGCUCUCGCGCCAGCCCUCGCCUGUUCGCCUUCCCGAACGAAGAGCUUCUCCCGAGUAUGAGAUCGUCUUUCUGCCGGGUGAGAGAUGAGCGAGAGCAGAAGAAUUUCAGGUCAAUUUAAAUCGUAGGGGACGAAUUGGUGCCAUCCGCUUGAGAACUUUCCUCGUGACUGACGCUCGGACGCGGCUAUCUGUGCCAUCCACGACUGAUUCGGAGCAGAUCAUUCCGAAGCAUUGUGGUAGCUGAGAGUGGAUUUCACUUCUCGGAUUGAAGGUCUAGCGCGAUGACAGCCAGGGCAGAUGGCAAGUCCUCGACGGUAUUCGUGGUUAUCGGAUAUGCGCUUUGUUCCAGUCUGCUGGCCGUGAUCAACAAAUACGCGAUCACGGAUUUUCCUUACCCCGGCUUGUUGACAGCCCUCCAGUAUGCCACGAGUGUGGCAGGAGUCGUGGUCGCCGGGAGAGCAGGUUGGGUGUACCAUGAUCCUCUGGUAUGGGACACGGUGAAGAAGUUCCUGCCCGCAGCGAUGGUAUUUUAUCUGGCCAUUUUCACCAACACCAAUCUGCUGAAACACGCCAAUGUGGACACGUUCAUCGUCUUUCGUUCGUCCACUCCGAUCAUCGUCGCUCUGGCCGACACCUUGUUCAGAAAGCAGCCGUGGCCUUCGCAGUACACCUUCGGCGCUCUUCUGGUGAUUUUGGGGGGAGCGGUGGGGUACGUGAUGACGGAUUCCACUUUCAGCGUCACGGCUUACUCUUGGGCGGCUGCGUAUCUGGUGGUCAUCACCACCGAGAUGGUGUACAUCAAGCACAUGGUGACGAAUCUUGGUCUGAACACUUGGGGCUUCGUGUACUACAACAACUUGCUGUCGUUGAUCAUCGCCCCAUUUUUCUUCAUGAUCACGGGAGAGUAUUCCGACUUCUACCAAGCUUCGUCGGAGAAGUUCCUCCAUACUUCUGCCAUAAUUUCCGUCAGUCUCUCAUGCCUGUUCGGGCUGGCCAUCAGCUUCUUCGGCUUCGCUGCCAGAAGAGCAAUCUCUGCCACAGCGUUUACGGUCACCGGAGUCGUGAACAAGCUGCUGACAGUCGUCAUCAAUGUGCUGAUCUGGGACAAGCAUGCGAGCAACAGCGGCCUCGUUUGCCUUAUGUUCACCAUCAUCGGGGGAGUCCUGUACCAGCAGUCGACCACCGUCAGCAAGCCCAACCCGCCUGCUUCAUCGCAAGAGAGCACGAAGGACGUGGAGGCAGCACGGGAGGCCGUCGAAACCGAUGAUCAAGACGAGGGCAUUCCGUUGGUGAAACCUGCACGAUUACUUGUGUGACCGGUUCACGAUCGCAAGCCAGUUCCUCACUGAGAUCUCCAGUGCUGUUCACCACCUGCCAGUACGUGCUGAGGGCCAUCCCCCCUGCUAACCUCAAGAAAGGUACUCUUGUUUUCCAUAUCCAGCAAUCAACUUCAAACGUUGCCAUUACCAUUCGACAUUUUUGAACGCAAAUAAGAUUUGGGGACGGGAAGGUCAGAGCGUCACCUUGCAGUGCAUAUUCGAGCAAAAGAGGACCCUAUUUUGUAGUAAGGACGCCAUUGCCAUCAAAUGACAACGAUGCUUUACGAGGUGAAUUUACUGCUUGUUACUGUGAACUUACAUCACCAGAUAUUUUCACAUGUCUGCAUCUUCCUCAUCCAUCGGCGUAAGCAGAGCCUCCUACGAUCCUUGCUGGUGUCGACGGGGAUAUUUGAACUGCGUUGCCCUGCAUUCGUUGGCAGAAUUCUCCUCACCUUGCGAAGAAAUUUUUACACAGUUGCUAGUCAAAGGAGUUCUCAUACUUUGCAUAUGAAAUCCUGAAUUCAGGAUUCUAUUUUGGUGUCACUUGUAGUACCGAUAUGAUCUGAGAAGAAACUCCAGUUCAAGGAAAACUCUCAGGCGGUUCACUGUAGGAUUCGCCAGAAACUGGGGAACAGGCUGCGGUCAUCGACACCAGUCGUCUAGAGUGGCCAUAUUUACAGGCAAUCAGAGAGGAUCUAUUUCUGAGAAUAUCCUCAUCAAUAUCCUCAUGUGAAGGCGGUUGUGCCCUGAUGUGAAGAAGUUGAUCCAGGCUCCCAUCUUUGUUCCUAAUGACCUGUUGCACUGGGCUGUGCGACAAGCCGGUGCUGCACACUGGUCGUAAAUGCAAGAUCGGUUGAAUCG